ACGCUUGUAUCUCAAGUCUGAAAAGUUGGACGUCAGCCGACAGAAGCCACAGCGGAAUGACGACAACUGCUGCGUGUACCACGCUGAUUGGUCCACGCUCGGCUAUGACAUCAACAAAAGCAGU